AUGGCUCUUGAAACAAUGCAUAAAGAUUCCUGUAUGUGCUCAAAAUCUGAACUCGAUUUAUUUUCUAUUCCACCGACUCAAGUGGUAAUGGAAAAGGGAUUUUGGGAAGCUGUUGAUCCUAUUACGAGCAUAUCUUCUUCAGAUACGAUAGAAUUUUUAUGUGCUGCAAAUUCUGGUGUUUAUACCGACUUAGCAAGCAGUUACCUAUACGUUAAAGCAAAGAUCACUACUGCGGCCGGAGGAAAUGUGGGUGCAGACAUUCAAGUUGGACCUCCAAACCUUUGGAUGCAUGCAUUAUUCUCACAAGUUGAAGUAUUUCUGAACAACAAACUGGUCACCCCCAUCAAGCACAGCAUACCCUUAGCGAGCGUAUAUCGAAACGAUCCUGAACUUUAG